CAGUGACAACUGGGAAGUUGGCAAAGUUGGUCUGUCACCAACUCCCAACCUUUUUUGUUCUGCUCUCUUUAUCUCACCAUGUCUUUCUCUUCCACGAACCAUCUCGGUCUCGUUGUAUCCCUAUUGGAGAGCUCUUUCAUCAAUGAAUCCCUGUCUGAGAUGCCUUCAGGGGACAGCUGGAUAACCUGAGUGAAGGCAGCCUGGGGCUGGAAGUCGGCACUGGGGGUUGUGGGCAGUUGGACAAUGCAUUUGUCACGUAAAGGCAGCAGAAUUCAGACUUUUUCUAAGCAUGCCGAAGAAAAAUGUAUUUGACCGGCACCUGUGGCAGGAGGGGACAGGAAGACUAGAAAACAAUCAAAGAGUAACGGUUGCUUUAAUGAAGCCACCUUGAUGUGGUCUUCUGAUUGAAACAACAAACAUUUCUUGGCUGAAUCCAGCCCCCAGCUGCCGGUUUACAACGUUGUCUUCGCUAGUUAAAGUCUUCCCUCUCUCAAGAAUAUUAACCUUGAUUUUUAAAGAAUGGAAAAAUCGCAAAUGGUAAAAGAAUGAAUCUUCAGGUGUAGGGCUUCUGAAGCAGGCGCUUGAGGAAGUAUUUCUGAACAGGGUGUGGGAGGCCUGGGGGAUGGAGCGAGCACACAUACCUGUCGUUUUAUACUAUUUAGCCUAUUAACAUCCUUAGUGGUGGGACAUAGAAGUAGUUAACAAUAGAAGAAUAGCUCUAGCUAAUUAACCUCACCUUCAUAUACUGAAAAAUCUCUGUCUUUAAACCUAGAAUCUGUGCUUGAGAAAGCAGGAGAGAAAACUGCUUACUCACAUGGUAGACUCUUGUUAUUUUCCAAACAGGAGAGUACAUGUGGGGCUAAUGCAACACCUUACUUGGGAAUCCCAGCUGCGGCUUGGGCCUGGGGCAGAGUUUUGGCAUAUCUGGGCUGCUCAGUCCCUCUUUCAAUUUUCAGUGAUUGUUGGCAGGGCAUUUGGGCUCCUCAGGUGGAGUUCAGUUCCACAGCUAGGAUGGCGGGCUCUGUGGCUGAGGGUGAACUGGGGCCAGGGUGGGUGUGCAGCGCAGCUAGCGUGGGCCCAGGCCGAGCUCGAGAGGGCCAGUUUCUCACAGAUGCCCAGGAAGCCUUGCUGUUGGUGAGAACCAAGGGCUGGGAAUGCAGGAGCAUCUAAAAGCAUGGCGUAUUUUAGGGGAACUAUUCUGUACCAGAAAAUGAGAUGUAGCAUCUGUGAUGAUAACACAUCUCUGGUGCAAGGGGAAUAGCUGGCCAAAUUAAUUAGAAGGCUGAAUGAUAAAGUUUAUAGGAAAGAAAAGUAAGUUCAUCUUUUCAAAUAACAUUUUUAGUAGAGUGCCAAGAAAUCCUGAGGGAAAUAGCUGUGUCCCCAAGGUGGUUUUUUUCCACUUCUAUGUCUUAUUUGCAAAAAAUAAUAAUACUCUUUCAUUCAUCCCACAAUGACCAUUGUGUGCUGAGCUGUGAGGACUCAGUGAUAAAGAAGAGAGGAAAGUCCCUGCCUCCUGGAGCUUAAAGCCCAGCAGAAGAGAGAAGGGUCAACCAGGACCACCAGGACCACAGGGUCCAAUUGGAUCCCUGGGGUCCCCAGGACCCAUUGGGAUUCCAGGAGAGAAAGGAAUGAGAGGUGACAGUGGCCCUCCUGGAGCAACAGGGGAGAAAGGAGAUAAGGGCCCAACUGGUGUUCCUGGAUUUCCGGGUUUAGAUGGCAUACCUGGUCACCCGGGACCUCCUGGAUCCCGAGGCAAACCUGGCAUAAAUGGCUACAAUGGUUCAAGAGGUGAUCCGGGGUUUCCAGGAGAAAGAGGAGCUUCUGGUCCAGGAGGCCCUCCAGGCCUACCUGGGGAAAACGGAGAAAAAGGAAAUUCAGUGCUCAUUUUAGGUGCCGUUAAAGGUGUUCAGGGGGACAGAGGGGACCCAGGAUCUCCCGGCUUACCAGGACUCAGGGGUGCAAAUGGACCGGCAGGCCCAGUGGGAUAUCCAGGAGAGCCGGGGUUAGCAGGCCGUCCUGGCCGUGCUGGGAGCCCAGGUCCAAAGGGUAAUCCUGGCGUGGGAGUGAAGGGGCAGAUGGGAGACCCGGGUGAGGUUGGCCAGCAAGGCUCUCCUGGACCAACCCUAUUGGUACAGCCUCCUGAUUUUUGUCUCUAUAAAGGAGAAAAGGGUAUAAAAGGCAUGCCUGGACUGAUUGGGCCACCGGGACCUUUUGGACCCAAGGGAGAACCUGGUAUUGGAGCAAAAGGAGAGAAAGGGAUCCCUGGAUUCCCAGGACCCCGGGGUGACCCUGGUUCCUAUGGAUCUCCAGGUUUUCCAGGAUUAAAGGGAGAACCAGGACUGAUUGGCAAUCCAGGAUCAUUUGGAUUUCUUGGCCCAAAGGGGGAUUCUGGAGACCGCGGGCACCCAGGACCACCGGGAGUUUUGGUAACGCCACCUGUUCCACUCAAAGGCCCUCCGGGGGACCCAGGGUUCCCCGGCCGCUCUGGGGACAGGGGGGAAGCUGGGCCACCGGGCCUCCCAGGUCCCGCAGGCAGACCAGGGGAAGCCCGAGCAGGCAUGGUUGGCCCCCCUGGACCCCCAGGGUUUCCUGGUCAUCCUGGGCUUCCAGGAGCAGCCGGUAUUCCAGGGGGAGCAGAUUCUGCUCCAGGAAAAGCAGGGAACCCGGGACCACCUGGUUUGCAUGGAGCACCAGGGCUGCAGGGACCCCCGGGAUCAGAUGUUAUAUAUUGUAGUGUUGGGGCCCCUGGACUACAAGGAGUAAAAGGCACAAUGGGUCCUCCAGGAAGAAGAGGCUCAAAAGGAGAAAAAGGAAUCGAAGGACUCUGUGCCUGCCUGCCCGGGCCCAUGGGUCCACCUGGGCCUCCAGGACUUCCGGGGAGGCAAGGCCCUAAGGGAGACUCGGGGGCCCCUGGGUGGCUUGGAGACAAAGGUGACCCAGGCCCUCCUGGUGCUGAUGGAUCUCCAGGGCCACCAGGAAAACCUGGUGUUUCGGGACCCCACGGCGACAGAGGGGAAAAGGGCGACAUGGUUGUAUCGAGAUUUAAAGGGUGCAAAGGAGAAAGAGGCCCUGAUGGGCCCCCGGGAUUUCCAGGGCAGCAGGGACAACAUGGCCAGGAUGGACGUGCUGGAGAAGGAGGAGAUCCAGGACCUCCGGGGGAUCAUGAAGAUGCCAUCCCAGGUGGUAAAGGGUCUCCUGGACGGCCAGGCCCCCCGGGCAGGACAGGACCUAUGGGACCUCCAGGACUGGGAUUUCCUGGUCCACCUGGAGAGAGAGGGCAGCCAGGAGCCCCAGGCCGCCCAGGCGUGAGGGGCCCUGAUGGCUUGAAGGGUCAGCAAGGUGACACAAUUCCUUGUAACAUAACCUACCCUGGGGGGCCUGGCCCUCCAGGUUUUGAUGGACCUCCAGGUCAGAAGGGAUUUCCCGGUCCCCGGGGCUUUCCUGGGAGGUGUUUUGAUGGGCAAAAAGGUCAUCCAGGCAAACCAGGAAUAUCCGGAAUACCAGGUCCGCCUGGUUUUCGUGGUGAUGUGGGAGAUCCAGGUUUCGGAGGUGCAAAGGGGGCCUCCCUUGUUGGGCCUCCCGGUGUGCCUGGUUCACCUGGAGUGACUGGUUGGAAAGGAACCCCAGGUGACCCAGCUUAUGGCUACCCAGGACCUCCGGGAAAGAGGGGUCCAUCAGGGGUGCCAGGGACGAAAGGACCCAGCGGUGACCCGGGACACGCAGGGGCUGCAGGGCCAGCUGGCAAUGCAGGAUUCCCAGGUCUCAAAGGGCCCCAAGGCAGGAAAGGGAGUACCGGCUUCCCAGGUAUCCCAGGUGCACCUGGCCAUUCCUGUGAAAGAGGCACUCUAGGGAUGCCGGGGCCACCGGGACUUCCCGGGGCUCCAGGUAGUCCAGGUGCCCCAGGAUGGAAAGGACAAAAGGGGGAUUUAGGACCUCCUGGACCAGCUGGAAUGAAGGGCCUCCCCGGUGUCCCAGGCCUGCCAGGGGCAGACGGGCACCCAGGCCCACCAGGAAUCCCAGGCCCCUCUGGGGAUGAGGGGCUCCCUGGACUGCCAGGCCCACAGGGGCCCCGGGGUCUGCCUGGUCUCCCAGGUUUUCCAGGGGAGAGAGGAAAGCAUGGGCCAGAUGGAAGACCUGGCCAAAAGGGAGAACAUGGCGAGAAGGGCUGGCCUGGCCUUUCGGGAGAGCUGGGGGCAAAGGGGCCCAAAGGAGCAAGAGGACCUCCAGGAGAUGAAGGAGAAAUGGCCAUAAGACUCAAAAAGGGGAAACCCGGGGAGCCUGGACUUCCUGGAGAUGAUGGGUUCCCAGGAGAAAGAGGUGAUAAAGGAGAUCCGGGGAUGCAAGGGAGAAGAGGAGAGCCCGGAAGAUACGGAACUCCUGGAUCUCACCGAGGGGAGCCUGGUAGAAACGGGCAGCAGGGGCCCCCUGGACCUCCAGGCCCUCCAGGUUCACCUGGGCUAAGAGGGAUCACUGGUUUUCCGGGAUUUCCAGGUGACCACGGUGAGCCGGGUCCUCCAGGCCAUCGGGGACAUUCAGGAAUUGACGGAGAAAGAGGGCCUAAAGGAAACAAAGGUGACCCUGCAAAUCAGUUUGGCCCACCUGGUCCAAAGGGUGAGCCAGGAAGCCUUGGAUGUCCAGGACAUUUUGGAGCCCCUGGAGAGCGGGGCUUACCUGGUGUUCAAGGGCCCAGAGGACGGCCUGGAAGGCCAGCACGGCCUGGCUCUCCUGGACCACCGGGAUGCCCAGGUGACCAAGGGGUGCCUGGAAUGAGGGGACAUUCAGGAGAAAUGGGAGACCCUGGGCCGAGAGGCCUCAUGGGGGAUCCAGGGCUGCCAGGUCCUCCGGGAGUGAAAGGUCCCUCCGGGUCACCUGGCCUGAAUGGCUUGCAUGGCUUAAAGGGUCAGAAAGGAGCCAAAGGUGCUUCAGGUUUGCAUGAAAUAGGCCCCCCAGGUCCAGUGGGAAUGCCUGGGCUGAAAGGGGAGGCAGGAGACCCCGGGAGCCCGGGAAUUUCUCGUCCAGGCCUUUUUGGAGAAAGAGGUCCCCAAGGCCACCCAGGGAGACCAGGGCCAGCUGGUCCUGCAGGUGCCACAGGGAGAGCUCCUGAGGGUGACACUCCUGACCCGGGUCCACCUGGAGAUCCAGGCCCACCUGGCCCUGAUGGCCCAAGAGGAGCACCCGGGCCUCCGGGGUCCCCAGGGAGUGCUGACCUCCCGAAAGGAGAGACGGGUGACCGGGGCCUGCCGGGGCCUCCAGGCCCCCCCGGCCCCCCAGGCCCCCCAGGACACAAAGGCUUCCCAGGAUGUGAUGGAAAAGACGGCCAGAAAGGACCAGUGGGAUUCCCGGGGCCCCAGGGGCCACAUGGCUUUCCCGGGCCACCUGGAGACAAGGGCUUACCUGGACCUCCAGGCAGGCAAGGGCCCCCCGGCCCUCCAGGCUCAAGAGGUGAACCUGGGCCACCUGCAGAUGUGGAUUCCUGCCCCCGAAUCCCUGGGCUUCCUGGGGUGCCGGGUUCAAGAGGACCCGAAGGAGCCAUGGGCCCCCCUGGAGGGAGAGGCCCCCCAGGACCAGGGUGCAAAGGAGAGCCCGGGCUGGAUGGCAGGAGGGGCGAGCCUGGCGUCCCUGGGUCUCCUGGGCCUCCUGGACGCAAAGGAGACAUGGGAGAAGCUGGCCGCCCUGGAGCACCAGGCCCUCCUGGUUCCCCCGGGGAUCCUGGGCCCAGAGGCGUUGGCCCCGGCUACCUGAGUGGCUUCCUGCUGGUUCUCCACAGCCAGACGGAGCGGGAACCCGCCUGCCCUGUGGGCAUGCCCCGGCUCUGGGCCGGCUACAGCCUGUUAUACCUGGAAGGACAAGAGAAAGCGCACAAUCAGGACCUUGGUCUGGCAGGGUCUUGCCUCCCCAUGUUUAGCACACUGCCCUUUGCCUACUGCAACAUCCACCAAGUGUGCCAUUAUGCCCGGAGGAAUGACAAGUCCUACUGGCUGGCCAGCGCCGCCCCCCUCCCCAUGAUGCCGCUCUCGGAAGAGGAGAUCCGCCCGUACGUCAGCCGCUGUGCCGUGUGCGAGGCCCCUGCCCAGGCGGUGGCCGUGCACAGCCAGGACCAGUCCAUCCCCCCAUGCCCGCCGGCCUGGAGGAGCCUCUGGAUCGGGUAUUCGUUCCUGAUGCACACAGGAGCUGGGGACCAAGGAGGAGGGCAGGCCCUCAUGUCACCGGGCAGCUGCCUGGAAGACUUCCGAGCGGCACCAUUCCUUGAAUGCCAAGGUCGGCCAGGAACGUGCCACUUUUUUGCAAAUGAAUAUAGCUUCUGGCUGACAACGGUGAAACCAGACUUGCAGUUUUCCUCGGCACCAUCACCAGACACCUUAAAAGAAAGCCAGGCCCAGCGCCAGAGAAUCAGCAGAUGCCAAGUGUGCAUGAGGUCUAGCUAGAGACCACACAACCCACAGCACGUCGCCAGGAGUCCCUUCCUUCACGGAGGGGCGACUGUGUGGAGAGAUCUAAUGGUGCUCACUCCGGACUCCAAUUUCAGUCGUUUCUUCUGUUUCAGCGUGGUUAUCCCACAGUCCUGUAACUCCCUUCUCUCUUCUCUACAGCUUCAGCAAACCCUACGUGUAUGGGUUUGUUUGGCCCCACCAAUCCAGAUGAGGCCCAGAUAUUCUUAUUUUAUUGAGGAUGAUGGAGGAGCUGGCUUUAUUUAAAACAUGCUAAUUCACCGGAAGGCAAAUAGAUGAUAAAGGCAAAUAGAUUACAAACUACAUGAUUGAAAACUUCAUUCAUUGGUGAAUAACACCUCAAACAAUUGAAGUCAAUUAGCUUCUAAUAUACUGUGCGUCUGGAUGGAAUUUUACAGGGAAAAAUAAAUAGGCCAACAAAUAAAACUAGAAAGUAGAGACUCUCAACAUUUCAAAAUGAUUUCCUCUGUAAUCUAUUUGUCCAUGCACUUGAAAUAUUUGUAAAACCAUGACCAAAGAGAUUAAAAAACAAAACAAACCCACACUGCCUGCAUUAGCAGCUCCUUUCAAAGCAGAGGGAUUCACUGUUCCAGGGAGGACAAGUCGCCGUAUUCCAGAGAUGCGGCAUUAGCAUAAACACAUCACAGAGGAACACAAAACAUUGUGUUCUCUUCUGCCGUUUUCAGAGAAUAGAAAUGCCCACUUUGGCAACCCUUUUGAAAACUAGCAAUUAUGGAAAAAAAAGACAUUCAAUAAAAGACUAAGAGCCUUAAAAGCUAUUAAUGAAUAUUAAGGCCGUGAGUCACAAAAAUGACUCCCCAUUUCAAUGAAUUCCCAAACAGACGCUUUUCUCAGCCGGGGUCCAGCGUGUGUGCCACGUCUCCUGCUAAUGGCACUGGAGCCGCGUGGGGCUUGCUCAGACGAGCACGCGGUUCUGAUAAAACGGCUCCCCCCACUCCCCAGGAGACCUGCAGAGCUGCCACACAGCUUGCCGUGGACACUUUCUCUCCAGACACAUAAUGGCCCCUUGCGUGGGGAAGUGUUAGAGCUAUCGUAACGCACUUGGGAGGAAAUUAAGGGCGGCUGUAAUUAAAUUUAGGUAAGAAGAGUCAUUGAAGUCAGGGUCACCCUCUGGAAAUGAAACAAAGACACUCUGCAAGUUAAAAUUUAUGUUCCUGUUAAUGGUUUUUUACUGGAGCAUCCUGUUUUUCCAAUUAAAAAAACAAACAAACAAAAACCUUAUAUGUUAUGUCAGUAUUAUACCAAGACAGUAGGUUUGACAUUUAGCAUUAUUUUCCACAAAAGUUUUAGAAGAAUUUUAAUUUAUAAUUUAUAAUGAGUAGUUUUUCUGGGUAGCAAAGGAUACAAUUUCUAUUUUUCUAGGAAUUCAGUGAUCUAAUCCUAAAAAUGGAAAGACUUGCUGGGAAAGAUUUUUAGGAAACUCCCCUAAAAUGUCAUUUUAGGGAAAACGAGAGAAAAUUUCUCAUGGGAGAGUGACACGCAUUUUAGUGGUUAGUUUCAGUGUGCUUAGAAAUAAUUGAAAGAAGAAAAACACAAUAAAAUUUUAUUUAUAAGAAACGUUUUCCUUGCUAAACACUGAUUAGGAAUAAGCUAUUAUAUGAAGAAACAUUUCAAAUGAGUCUUGCUAUGGGCUGUGCUCAGGAUGGCAAUUUAUUUUAGAGUACAUUUUAUUUUAGUAUUAUUUUAUUUCUGGUAAAAAGAGUACAUUUUUAAAUGAAAUAUUUUCUUGACGUAGCAGAAUAUUUCCUAGUUCACUUGCCCCAUUUAAUGAAUUUUUAACUGUGCUAUGGCAUACUAAAUUUAACAUUGCUUUCAUUUUAAAAUGAAAUUUAAGCCAAAUUCAACCUUACUUGUAAGUACACUUCUCUCCGAUUCCAAAAGUGUUAUUACCAGAAAGAAGUAAGAAUGAUAAAUGGAGCAUAAGAACAUAUCUUCCUUGCUAAAUUACUUUAAACUCUCUACCUUUGGUAUUAUAAUAUUAAUAAGUUUUCAAAUAAAUAUGCUAAAUUAAAUGAGCAAUUUACUCCACCGUGAGCCUAGGAUAGUGUAAGUGGGAUACUGACUGUUCGUAAUACUGAUGUAGCAAGAACCCUCCUUAAACACAGCACAAACUUUGCUUUCUGAUUUUGAAAACGUAUUUUAAAUAGUCUAAAGGGCAAAAAAGGGGAAAAAAUAACUUCUUGGAAUAGAAGACUAAGUUACUAAAGUCAUUAUUUUCCUCAUCUGGUUGUAUAUCAAUGUACUUUGAAAUAGACUUCCUCUGUGAACCAGAAGAACAAACUUUUAAAGCUAUUCUCUUGAUCCAUUUCUGGUGAUUAUCCUUACUAAAGUCUUUUCCCCAAGAACCUUGUUGGCUGGAAAGCACCUGGAUUAUGCGCUGGGAAUUAAGUGCUCCGGGGCACAUGCUGGAGGGCUGGGAAGUUUCCGUCCCGAUUCUCAUCCACCCAGGGGCUGGGGCCUCUGUCCUGCCAGUGGUUGCCCUGUCCUUCUCCUGUCUCACUCCCCAGGUCUAAACUUCAGUGGCCAGUCCCUGCCAGUGGCUUCCUUCUCUGUAGCCUCAACGCAAGUGUCUUCACACAGCCUUUCUCUUCCACUUUACUCUUGGAGCGACCUCCCUGUCGCCUGCGGUUUUCAGCCCUGGUCGAUGAGUCUCUUAAGAUGCAAACGCUAUUUUGUUAUUCUCUUGUUUAAAAUCCUUCACAAGCUCCACUGCCUACAAAGUUCAGAUGACUUCACACCAGGGGAUAUUUCCAGCAGGCAGGAACUGGCCGUAGUUUAUCUCCAGGCGCAUUUCUUGCCACUGCAAACCGCAUGCAGCUCUGCAAACACUCGCAGUGCAUUCCUGCUCUUCCUAUGGUGAUGGCUUCCCGCAGGUCAGUUUAUCUGUUAGACACCUACUUACCUGGAAAGACUCAACUCCAAGGGACUUUGACGUCCCUUGCCCCCAGAACAGUUAAUGGGCCUGCUCACUCUCUCGCCAGUUCCUGCUCUUGUAAUGCUCCAGCCCACUUCUUUCAUUCCUCUGCUAAAAUGCAAGCUCCUCUAGGGCAGGGACCAUGCUUUACUCAUCUUUGUUUGUCUCGGGUCUCCUAUAGAGCUAAGCACAUUAUUGACACAAUUCUUUUUAUCAACAACUCAAUAAGCGUCAUUAGGCAAUAGAUGUUCACCUCUACAAUAGGGUUCUCAUUGACAAAAUGGUAAUAAGUACAAGCCAUUUAUUUCAAAAUAUUUGAAUGUGGCAACAUAUCUGCAUACCCACAAUUUCCUAUUACAAUUAUUAACAGAAAGUUGAUAAGUGUUAACCAUCAUUAAAAAAAUAGUUUCUUACUUUUCCAUAAAUUGACAAUUCAGAAAUGAUGAGAUUUGAGAGAGGGUGGUGGUUGAGAGAAGACGUCUCCGAAAUGUGAUUCGGCUUAAAUCAUGAGGGAAUACAGAUGACAGCUUGAGUUAAGAGCUUCCGAGAACAAAUUUGCCUCUACAAAGUUUGUAUACUUGCUGUUUGUGCUUAGGAAAAUAAACAGAAUGAUCCACUAAAAUUGGAUCUCAUCAAAUACUUUAUUCUGAGUCUUUUAUAAAUUACAAGAAAGCAAAUCAUUCUGUGUUCUAGGAAAUUGCAUGAGAUUUGGGGUUCUAUCAGCACAGCAGACUAAUUUGCUACUGCCACUUUUCUUUGCUAUUGUUACUAGAACAGUGGGAAGAUGUAGACUUGAGUCAGCUGAACCCAGGUUUGAAUCCUGUGCUAUACCUUUUCAGCCGUGUUAUCCUGGGCAUGUUAUGCAAACUCCAUGAGCCUCAUUUUCCUCAUUUAUAAAAUGGGACAUGACACCUACUCUUGCAUUGAAAAUUAAGUUAGCUUAUACAUUAAGCACAAAGCAGUUCUCAGACAUUUUAUGGUCACUUCUUCUAUUUAUAAUAGACUAUUUCACAUGAAAAUAUUUCUUAAGGUGUUUUUUUUUUUAAUAUGGCAGAAUUACAUUAUGAUUCUCAGAGGGCAUAUAUAUUACUGAAUAGAAUUAUUUAUACCUGGCCAAUUCUUAAUGUCUUUGGGAAUGCUAUUUUAUUUGAACUCUUAAAGAUACAAUAGCACACAGAAAAUGACAGUUUCCUGCAGGGACAUUAUCAGGAAGUUCUGCAGGGAACAAAACAAUUGACAUUAAAAAUCAGUACUCUGAAAUUGUCACUGUUAUUAUCUGCCAGAAACUCUGCAUAAUGCAUUUUCAACCACUAAGGCUGACUGCCACAUACAUGUGAAAUGCUUGAAUUAUAUGGUGCUUAAAUAUUUAAUGAUUCAUGGGGAAAAUGUGAAAUAGCCAAUAAAUUGCAUCCUUUUCUCUAACCUAUGGUUUUAAAGUUGAAGACUUUCAACAUGUUACAUUUGAAAGAUGCAAUACAAUCUGUUGUAUUACCAUUUAUGAUAAUACUGUUCAUUAUAAAUAAAUUUCUGUGAUGAUCUCCAAAAGCAA